GCUCGACCAGCUCCCCCCUGAACUCGUUCACGUUAUUAUCUCAGAAUUUUGGUAUUCUGAACACCCCUCGGAUGAUAGAAUUAUAUUCAUGAAAGCAUGUCCCCUCAUCAACACCCUCUGGAAGGAUGUUUUUGCCCACAUCGCUUCUCGGGACAUUUUCGUUCCAACGAACGAAUAUCUGUUCUAUCUCGGCUCAAUCAUACGCAAUAACGACUCUCUAAUCUACAGAAUUCAUCUCCCCAAUUCCACUCGUACGAUUACUUGCCAUGUCGACUUGGUUGAAGCAAAUAAGGAUGCAGCGCAGGAACCGUACACAGCCCUAUCCAAUCUGCCUAAUUUCAUCGGUUUUCGCAAAUGCUUUCCAAAUAUCACCCAAGUCUUCCUCGAAAUCACGUAUCGCAUCCGAGGCAGAUGGUUCCGUUUCAUACUGUCUCAAGAACAAACCAUUCGGACUCGAAUAUCCAUAACACUUGACCAAGCGACGACGCAGCUCAGUGCCUUACUUGUGGACUGGGAAAUCGCUGCUUACGACCCGGCACCCGAUUUUAUCCAUGGAGAAUUUGCCGACCCUAAUUGGAGAAUGUUUCUGAAGGAUGUCGCUCGUGCUAUGGCCCCUGCCGCGUUGUACAAAUGCAUCGGAGCGAUCUCGUUCGAGGACAUGUUAUCACGAUCGACGUACAUAAAUCGUGUCAAGCGAUUUUCUGGCCAUGGCGUCCAUACCGAGACGAAAGGCGAUGUACGAAGCAUAAAUUAUCGCUUCGGGAAGGCAGUCCGAAGACCAUUCGGUUUACGGACGUUCUUUGCGGAAGUGUAUGAAGAUAUGAAAUGGGUUCUCGAAGACGAUACUGUGCGCGAACGGUCAAAUUGGCACGCCAUUGCGUCACCAUGAAUAGGUCAAAAACAGUCCUAGUGCUUUCAGUUAAGCCGAUGGUGGACACGUCAAUUGCUGCGUCGGUGCGGUGUAAGCGCCGCCCUCUCGUUUAAGAACCAAUGUAUACGUUGAUGGUGUCGGGCUGAAAAUGGCAGAGGCUGCCUUGUGGAACAAU